CCUCCUCCUCCUCCACGUUCCCAUGUUUUGAGCCAUUCACACAAAUGGCAGCCACAGCAACGGGGGCACGGCGAGUGAUGUCGUGACCGCCGCCGUCUCCCGCACGCGGUGCGCUCGGUGCAGAGACUCCACGAGAAGAACACGGGGCCACUUGUGAAAGAAAGCAGCCCCCCCCCCCCCAUCACCACAACAACAAUCACGGAGGAGGCCACGGUGAUGUUGAUGUCACUGGGACAUCAGCACCACCAGCAGCAGCAGAAGAGAAGUCGGAGAGAGAGAACCACAUUUGCUCCAAACGCCCCCCGGUGAACAACUCGGGGCUUUACUUCGGCAAAAAACAUGAACUUGACCAACGUCAUCAGUCUGUCGGACGACGUAGCGAGCGCCGACGGAGAGAGCGGAUCGCUGGUAGGGCUGGGCUCCUCCGGAUGGGUACGCGUCAACAGCGGGGGGCAAAGCCCCCCUUCGCUCCUUCUGGCCGUGCAGAGCCCAGGCGAGGUUGCGGGCUCGGCGGACGCGGUUUUGCCGGCCGUGGUGGCCCUGGCGUUGGUCGGCGCUCUGCUGUCGGCCUGCGUCUUCCUGCGACUCCGGCGUGCCAAACACCCCAGGGGCUAUGGCUCUGGCUCAGCAGUGACCUUAUCUGUGGCCAACGGAGACGGAAAGCUACCCUUUACAAAAGGCAGGAGCUUUGGGAGGCGAAAAAAGCACAAACACCCAGUACCCAUGUCCGAGUUCGGGCAGAACGUCCUCGCCAUGUCUCGCGACUCGGGCUACAAGUUCACCGUGGAGUUUGAGGAGCUGCGGUUGAUAGGAGCGGAGUUUUCGCACGAAGCUGCCGACCACUUGGCCAAUCGGGGCAAGAAUCGCUACACCAACAUCCUGCCGUAUGACUUCAGCCGCGUCAUCCUGUCCAGCAUCGAGGGCGAGGAGGGGUCCGACUACAUCAACGCCAACUACAUCCCCGGCCACCGCUCUCCCAAGGAGUACAUCGCGGCGCAGGGCCCCCUGCCCAGCACGUGUGACGACUUCUGGCGCAUGGUGUGGGAGCAGGACACGCGCGUCGUCGUGAUGCUCACGCAGUGCGUGGAGAGAGGACGGAUCAAGUGCGAGCACUACUGGCCGUUCGACGAGGAGGUGGUGGACUACCGCGGCUUCGUCGUGCGCCGCAUCUCCGAGUCGGCGCUCGCCGAGUGGACCGUGCGCGAGUUCCAGAUCGGUCGGGACGGGGAGACGCGCGUCGUGCGGCAGUUCCACUACACGGCGUGGCCCGACCACGACGUGCCGAGCGAGAGCUGCACGCGCCGCGUGCUCGAGUUUGUGCGCACCGUGCGCUGCCACGUGACGCCGGGCUCGGCACCCAUCGUCGUUCACUGCAGCGCGGGCGUGGGUCGCACGGGGACGUUCAUUGCCCUGGAUCGGCUCAUCCAGCACCUGCAGGAGCUCGACUUUGUGGACAUUCUGGGCCUGGUGGCCGAGCUGCGACUCCACCGCGCGAGCAUGGUGCAGACAGAGGUGCAGUACGUGUUCAUCCACCUGUGCGUGCUGGAGAUGUGGAGGCAGUCAGGCCAGGCGAGCGGGCUGAGCGAGGCCGUGUACGAGAACGUCCGCUCGGGCGCGCUGCUCCACCCGCCCGACGUCAUCUACUGAACGCCGCGGGGAGGCAAGAGCGCAGCAGGAGCUUUCUCCAAGUCCGCCGAAGGGGUCUUUGUCCUUCGGCGGGUCCCAAGGAGGCGAUGAUCGUUUCACGAAACAGGAAAAGAAAAAUACGAAAAGCAUCGCCGGAGCCCCCCCCACCCCCGAACCCUGCCCCCCGAAACUAAACGGAGUUCGUUCAAUCGUCGUCGACAAACGAAACGAUCGGCAAGAAAACAAAACAACAAUUUACGCGAGGAUGAAGAUUGACAGCAGAAGAUUGUACCGUUAUAUAAGCGCCCUGCUCCACAAGUCGUGCAUAUGAAUGCGGGUCACCCUGUAACGGUGAAGAAGUCGUCAUCCACACGGGAAUGCAGACGGGUCGAUUGAAACCCGGCCAACUGGAACACGAGCUGCAGCGGUGGUCGGAUUUUGGACACACAAAAGAGGGCGGCGGUAAUGGGGAGGUUUGGGUGACCGCCUCAUAGACCAGUGGUGGGGGGCAGGGGGGGCAGGGGGGGGGCAGGACACCCUCUUCAUUCUGUCCACUCGGUGUAAAACUCCACGAGUGGGACGAGACGUUACGAGUGCAGACCGCGACGGUCCCAACUGCUGCAGGAUCUAGCAGCAGGAAGGAAGAGAUGGAGGCGUGGUGCCGGGCAGCGAGAUGCUGAAGCAAACACACAACCAGGACGUAGGGGCACGAACCUCCUUCUAUGGCCUCCCCCCCCCCCCCCCCCCCCCAUAAAAUCGUCGCCACAGAAGCCCGGAUUUCAGCUCUCCUCUUCCUCUCUGCGUCGUUUGCGCUGCCCUCGGUGGUGGCGGGGGGCACCAUCGUGGCAGCAGUCGAGAACGAGGCGGCAAUAAACAAGGCGCAGGCCCUGGGGGUGUCCGAGUGACGCCACACGCGGUGGACUACAACGCACGGGCGUGGGGGAGACGCGGCACCACCGCCCCCCCCCCCCCCCCCCUGGUGGAACCCCACGGCCGGGCCGCCACUUCGGAGCGUGCGACCAACAAGAGCCUCGUCGUGACGUCUCUUUGGAGAGCAGAAAGCACCAGCACCACGUGUAGCAACUGCAACACCACCACCACGUGAAGCAACCGCAACACCACCACCACGUGUAGCAACCGCAAGACCACCACCACCACUUGUAUCAACCACAACACCACCAACAACACGGGGUCCAAGCUCAACACCACCAGCACCACCAUCACAUGGUCCAGCCUCAGCAACAUCACCACGGAGUUCAACCUCAACACCACCAUCAAUCACAUGGUCCAGCCUCAGCAACAUCACCAUGGGGUCCUACCUCAACAUCACCAUGACACGUUCCAGCCUCAACACCUCCAUGUGUUUCCAGCCUCAACGCCACCACCACGUGUUCCUUACCGUUGGAUCUGGCCGCUGGGUGCCAGCAUUGUACAUGGCGGUCGGUAAUGGGGCGACGCGGGCUGCCCUUACCGACUGGCUGACGGUAGCCAGAGCCACGGGAGAGGAUUCUUCUAAACUAUAAACUUAAACUGUUUUUAUUUAACCAGGUGAGGCCCGCUGAGCUAUGGAGAUAGUUUCGUGGAAGUGACCUGGCCACGAAUGAUCGCCCAACGAAGUGGCCUACGGCAUGUCAAUUUAUAGCAGCAGUGACAUACUCCGAACGCGUGUCGAUGCUAAAUGUGGAGGGAAAAAACGGAGGACUCGGAGUAAAACCCACGCGACCACUGUGGGUGAAAGAGAGAGACACACACGCAAACUCGGGGUCGAAUCCAGGACCUCCUGCACACCAGGCGAGGGAGUUAACAUCUCGACCGAGGGUGGAGCUAGCCUGACCUCCAUCCCCGAACUCGUGAGCACGCAGUGCCUCGCCUGAGCGCUUAUUCCACUUGUUUAAUAAAUAAAUUAAGAGCCCCCUGGAAUUCAAGAGACAGAGAGAAAGACACUUCUCACCGGUUUUCUCAUUACGAAGGAGGGAUAAACCGGAACUGGAAACUGUUGAGUUGUAAAGCAACACGUGAGGAUAUAUUUUUUGUACAUGUGUAUAUAUAAACAAAGACAAAGAUCCAUCACCUCCUAUAGCCUUCACAGACUGUCGGGGCAAGUGCUGUUAGCGAGCACCUAUGAAGGCUGGCACAAGCCACGAGGGAGUGGGUGGCCAGCGCCAUGCCCGACCGCCUUUGUCUCCCCUCAGUGGCGAUGUUUACACACCACACCAGGUACUCAUUUCAGGCUGAGUCGACCUAGGCGAGGCCCAGGACUGGUUCAGAUAAUCGUCGGCGGGAAUCGAACUGGGGUCCACCGGGUUUGUAGUGCAGUGCGCUAACCGCGACACGAGAACUACACACGCGCAGCGCGUUGAGAUGUUCGACGUUGGGAAAGUGAAAAAAGCACGUGCCGCUCACGACUGUGCCUUAGGCAGACGGCAGAGGGAACGCAGAGGUGACACUGACCGCGUGUGACCGCUGAACCCACGUGACCUCGCGAAACCCAGUGAAGAACCACAGUGCUUGUACGGCAUUGGACUCUACGCUCCCUCGCCAUCGACAGCCGACAAGGAGCGGCACCUGGCGAAGACGAGCUUCGCGAGCCGCACGCCGUGGUGAGAACAACCUCAUCCAGCAGUGGAUUGACAAUAGGGCUGUGAACGAGCUUACGCACAAUUACAAUUGCUAAACGAUGGGGGAGGGUCGGCCUCUUCCCUUCGACAAAUUGGCACAACAGCGGCCGUGCCAACUUUCACAAUCCGGUCAUAAAAUUCUCACCUUUGAAGACUUCGGUGCGAGUCGCGCCGGUGUUGUUUGGGUGUCCGGGGUUGGACUGGUGCCGGUGUUUGGGUGUUGGGGGUUGGUAGUCUCACGGGUGUUAGGGUGUUCAAGGCUGGAGGCGGCAAUGUUUGCGGCACGAGCGAACACUUGCUGCGUCUGUUGUGUCUCAACUCGCCAAAGCUUCGUCGGCUAUCGUCAAAGCCUACGAUUGUUAUUAUUAUUAUUUGUAUAGAACUGUUAAAGCCACUGUAGGUUAGUCAGCAAGGCGGCCGGGCGGCUCAAAGGGCCGAGCAUUUCAGCGCUAAGAUCGUGGGUUUCGAAUCCGGUUUUUAGCCGCCCCGUGCGACUUAUUCUGUGUUUAUUAAGUCCGGCGAGUUGAUGGUCUCGGCCCACUCACUACUGAGUCCGUACACACACACACACAAAAUAAAACCACGUGAAAUUAGUUUUUUUUCACUUAACUUGGCAAAAAUAUUCCAGCCCUGAGAAUGAAAAUAAAUACAUCAAUUUCACAGCCACGUGAUGAACAUUUCUCUACAGCAGGAUGCCAAGUGCAGCACCCCGAGUGUGGAGAUGUGGUCACUUGAAGGGAUCUCAUAAAGAGGUCUGUCACAUCUCCUUCCACGUGCUGUUAGCUAACACAGGGGGGGGUGAUACACUGCUCACUGCGAUAUUUCCGAAUCAACACUUCAUCUCUUGACAUGAUGCGAUAGCACAAACGGUACAGGGAAUGAGAUGGGGGUACCCUCUACACACUCAGUAUCUACGCCACCGCUUAGCAGACCCAACGCCCAAGAGUUCGGAUGCUCUGCCACGAAGCCCUGAGUCUCUGCCAGCGUGAGUGCCUUCAUAGUUCACAGUGCAUCUGGUAUGGAGGUGCGCGAGUGCAUGAGUGAGUGCGUGAGUGAGUGAGUGUUUGAGUGAGUGAGUGUUUGAGUGAGUGAGUGCGUGAGUGAGUGUUUGAGUGAGUGACUCCAUGCGUGCGUGAGUGCGUGGGCGAGUGAGUGCGUGAGCGAGUCCGCGUGUGCGUGAGUGAGUGUGUGCGUGAGUGAGUGCGUGAGCGAGUCCGCGUGUGCGUGAGUGAGUGUGUGCGUGCGUGAGUGAGUGAGUGCGUGAGCGAGUGAGUGCGUGGGCGAGUGAGUGCGUGAGUGCGUGGGCGAGUGAGUGAGUCCGUGCGUGCGUGAGUGAGUGAGUGAGUGCGUGCGUGAGUGAGUGCGUGAGUGAGUGAGUGACUCCAUGCGUGCGUGAGUGCGUGGGCGAGUGAGUGCGUGAGCGAGUCCGCGUGUGCGUGAGUGAGUGUGUGCGUGCGUGAGUGAGUGAGUGCGUGAGCGAGUCCGCGUGUGCGUGAGUGAGUGUGUGCGUGCGUGAGUGAGUGAGUGCGUGAGCGAGUGAGUGCGUGGGCGAGUGAGUGCGUGAGUGCGUGGGCGAGUGAGUGAGUCCGUGCGUGAGUGAGUGAGUGCGUGCGUGAGUGAGUGCGUGCGUGAGUGAGUGCGUGAGUGAGUGAGUGACUCCAUGCGUGCGUGAGUGCGUGGGCGAGUGAGUGCGUGAGCGAGUCCGCGUGUGCGUGAGUGAGUGUGUGCGUGCGUGAGUGAGUGAGUGCGUGAGCGAGUCCGCGUGUGCGUGAGUGAGUGUGUGCGUACGUGAGUGAGUGAGUGCGUGAGCGAGUGAGUGCGUGGGCGAGUGAGUGCGUGAGUGCGUGGGCGAGUGAGUGAGUCCGUGCGUGCGUGAGUGAGUGCGUGCGUGAGUGAGUGCGUGAGUGAGUGAGUGAGUGACUCCAUGCGUGCGUGAGUGCGUGGGCGAGUGAGUGCGUGAGCGAGUCCGCGUGUGCGUGAGUGAGUGUGUGCGUGCGUGAGUGAGUGAGUGCGUGAGCGAGUGAGUGCGUGGGCGAGUGAGUGCGUGAGUGCGUGGGCGAGUGAGUGAGUCCGUGCGUGCGUGAGUGAGUGCGUGCGUGAGUGAGUGCGUGGGCAAGUGAGUGCGUGAAUGAGUCCGCGCAUGCGUGAGUGAGUGCGAGCAUGCGUGAGUGAUUGAGUGAGUGCGUGAGUGAGUGCGAGACGUAUGGCCUGGGCACCCGAGGGGACACAAGUGGGCCUCGCUUCGCCGGCGUCACCUGCCGCCCGGCGCACCGCUGCGUCUUUGUCGGACUCCCUUAAGGAGCGUGUCCGAGGCCUCUUCACAGACAGCGCCGUUGUCACACGCGGCCGCGGAGACCUACGGCGAGGGUUGCUGUCGAGUAUACAGGCGGUGCAACUGCACCGGGGGGGGGGGGGGGGGUCAACACGGGCUGGAGGGUUACGAAGAGAGGAGAUGGGGAGAGGGCGGAAUUUUUUACACCAGGGACCCAUGCCAACCACGUGGUAGAACCGGACAAAGGCCUAUAUGGUUUCGAGAGGGAGAAAGUGGCACCAGUUGAGAUUUUGAAACGCCAGGCGUGUUGUGCAGUGUACGACGCCGCGUGCCUGCGUGCACAAGAGGCACGUGUAACGAGGGUCGUGGUUCACUCAAACGAACAAAUGCAUUCGCAUUGCACACGCAAUACCAUACCUGCACACGCACAAUGUGACACACGUACGUACGUACAUGCAAGCAUACUGAUACUGUAAUCAUACAUACGUGUAUUCGUCCAUUGACCUAAAGUGUAAUGUAAAAUGUACAUACAUUUGUCAAUGUGACUACAGCCAAUGUAUAUGCUCCUAUUAUGAGUCGCAUGAUGAACGUACGAAUGAGGUGAACGCCGUGGCCCGGUGGCACGGUGGUUAACGCGCAGCGCAACGAACCCGGCGAGCCGAGCUCGAUUCUUGGCAUUGGCGGUCGAUUCUGAACCGGUCCUGCGGGCCACCUUCCACCAGAACGGUGGCUAAAUAAUAGCCACGACUCUCAAUGGAGUUUAAGGCUAAGUCGACCUACUGGACGUCAAGUACCCGUUCAGAUAUGUGUCACUUUUAAUUGGUCGUGCAAAUCAAGCUCGGGUCGCUGGGUUCGUAGCACACUGCGCUAACCACCACACUACCGCUCCCCAUAUGAAGCAACACACACACACACCUGCACAGUCAAACCUCACCGAAAGUGCCAAUGACUCAAUGACUCGCAGGGACGUGAGUCACGCAUAUAGCAAGCACCCCGAGGUGUCACCGUACCACAUGGAGGAGGACAAAGACAAAGAUCCCCCGUAUAGCCUUAACAGACUGUUGGGGCAAGCGCUGUUAGCGAGCACCUAUGAAGUCCGGCACUGUGGCACACGAGGGGGUGGGUGGCCAGCACCACGCCCCACUGCCUUUGUCGCCACAGUGGCGAUGUUUUUACACACCGCACCAGGUACUCAUUUGAGGCUGAGUCGACAUAGGGGAGGCCCAGGACCGGUUUCAGAUAAUGGUCACCGGUGAUGGCCGUGAGCGGGAAUCCAACUCGGGUCACCGGGUUCGUAGUGCUAUGCUACCGCUGCCCACCAACGCCACACCAGGUGCUCAGUCUCGUGUCUACAACCUGACCCAAGUUGGCAGUUCGGCUUAGACAUCUGAGCAGUUGUCGUUUUGAACGCAAGCGAUAGUGGCAUUCGUCAUUUUCGUUGUCAUUUAAAUUUCCGUAGAUAAUUGUAUAGUGACGGCCGCUCUGUGUAUGAAUGUAUUUAUUGCCAUUAUAAGCUAUUGAUUUGUGCUGGACCAACCAACCAGACAGAAUCAUGGGCAUGAUCAUGAUGGAUGUGUUUCCUUGGGAAUACUUUUUUUGUAAGUAGAGAAAUUUUUUUUUUUUAAUAUAAAGAAAAUAACAACUAAGUUUGAUUCUUCGCAACGGUCCUUCGACCCGCGUGGAGCACACGUGUAGAAGUGUGGCCAAGAAGCCGCCACGGCCAACAAGCCGCGGAAGAGGCCUUAAUCCAGCAGUUGCUCGAAAAAAAAGUGCUGUAAAUUAUUCCUAUUGAUACCAAUAUCAUAACAAAAAUUAUGGUUAGGUUCAUGUUCAUAUUAUUGUUACGACUGUUAACCUCGCGAAAAGCCUUACUGAAUCUCAUGACUAUUUUUCAGGAGGGUCCUGCCAAGUGUUCACAUUAACAAGGGGCGGGGGGGGUGUAGAGGGGCAAUGAUUGUUGUGUAUAUUGUAUAUCUCAGCUCAGUAAUUCGCCGUGUAAUUUUCUUCGCAAAAUAAAAAUUUGACUAACUUGUGACCGUGAUGACACCGCCUGCACACAAUUCGCCGACGCUCGCGAAAGGCGUCGUGGGAUCAUUGACGUCGUCCAGAUUGCAAAGCGGACGUCGCGUAGCACUGCGCUACCGUGGUUAUUGCCCCCCCCCCUCCUCCUGCCCGGCCCCGCAGUGAUAACCAGGACGGCCGCUAGAUUCUAAACCGCGAACCGCUGCAACGAGCCGCAAUCAACGGUUCCCCCCCCCCUUCCCCGCCAAUCAGCGCAGUACAUCACCGACACUAUCCGGACUAUAAGACGCUCUGGAAAGUCGCAUCCCAAACGUGUGCCUGAUGUCAAUAAAGUGAUGUCAAAUCCGGGUGACACACACACACACGCGCGCGCGCACCUACCGUAUUACAAGAUGUAACCCCACUCGCCCCCCCCCCCCCCGUAACAUUUGGUUUAAGAUACGCGGCGCGUGGAGCGGUGUG